AGAAUCCGAGAUCAGCUUUUGAUGAAACCUGUGACGGUGCGCUAUCGUCGAUCUUCUUUGGCAUGUUGUAGCGCCAGCUUGAAGAAGCUGCGGAUUUCCCAUAUCGGUAUUCUAUACGUGCACUGGUGGGACUGGGACACCUCGGUCGAAGAGGUCAUGAACGGUCUGCAUCUGCUUGUGCAGCAAGCGAAAGUAUUGUGUCUCGUAUCUCGGACACUCCUGUUUGGGUUGUAUCCAAAGCGAACCAGCAGGGAUGCGUGGAACGUUAUGAGCCGGAACUUUGAACAGGAUAUCGUACCAAUGACCCGCUUCAGCCCUUUCCAUAGUCAAAGUGCUUGGAACGUCAUAAGUCGGGACUUUGAACGUGACACCAUACCAAUAGCCCGCGCCGAAGGUCUUGCGUUUGCGCCCCGGAACGUCCUUGCCGGCCGAAAACUUAGAACCGGCGAGGAAGAGAGGCACCGCCGGCAGACAGGAGAGAAGGGUCGCACACUUACGAAUCCCAACUAGGAAUGCGACGAGGCUAUGAGCGCAGCACCAGAGAAGGUCGCUAUAGAAGUCGGUGCAAAGCACACCACAGCGGUGGUCAUUGCAUAUCUUAUGCAGCAGACGCCCUAUGUGUUCCCGAUUAUUGGUGGGCGAAAAGUGGAGCAGUUGCAGCCCAGCCUAGAAUCGGAUAGCUCUGCCUGAACUCAUCUUGCCAUCCCCUCAGAUAUUCUUCUAGAAUGCCUUGAGCUUGAGAACGAGCUGCACACUCCAAUGCUCUUCAUCCUGGCGAGCUGUAGGCAGAUAUAGUAUCAGGAUAGAGAUACUGCUACCUUUUGUUCUGACCUCUUUUGAACCUCUUAGUCUUGUCUUCG